AUGUCGUUGCCCCGUAUAGCCAGCACGGCCACCCGGCAUCGUGCCCUGCACAUCCCACGAGUCGCCGCCGCAACACCCCGUUCCAUCCCAUCAACACCACCCUCCCGAUCCCUCCUCCGCCACUACCGCCCCGCCUCGAUAACAGCAGGUCAACGACGAGCCUUCUCCAACACCGUGCGAAGACGCUUUGCUACAGUUGACGACUCUCUCGAAGCCCUCCACCAGGACCGAGAAUCAGAUGAAGUCGAUGUCUGCAUUGUCGGUGGCGGACCUGCGGGUCUAUCAGCAGCCAUUCGAUUGAAACAACUCGCCAACGAGGCAGGGAAUGAGGACUUUCGAGUGCUGUUGUUAGAGAAGGCUGGGGACUUGGGUGACCACAUCGUCAGUGGCAAUGUCAUCGAGCCAUCUGCGCUUGAUGAGCUACUCCCAGACUGGAACUCAGAGGACAACCCGAACCGAUAUGGAGACAUCACGCCGGCGACGCAGGAUAAGAUGCGCUUCUUGACAAAGUCGAGCUCGGUGUGGCUGCCUCCGCCUCCGCAGAUGAACAAUCAUGGCAACUACAUCAUAAGUCUGAACCAGUUCUGCAAGUGGUUGGGUGAGCGCGCAGAGGAGAUUGGUGUGGAGAUCUUCCCAGGUUUCGCUGCGUCGGAAGUGUUGUACACGAAGGAGGGGGCGGUCAAGGGUGUGGCGACGAACGAUCUGGGCAUAAGUCGGGAAGGCAAGCCGAAGGAGUCGUUCGAGAGGGGUAUGGAGUUUCAUGCGCGGUGCACAUUGCUGGCGGAGGGGUGUCAUGGGAGCUUGACAAAGGGUGUGAUCAAGAAGUACGAUCUCCGGCGAGACAGCGACCCGCAGACGUACGGUCUCGGGCUGAAGGAGGUAUGGGAGAUUGAUCCCGAGAAGUGGCAGAAGGGCCUCGUAGUACACUCAAUGGGCUAUCCACUGCCCUCAGACACCUACGGAGGCGGCUGGAUGUACCACUUCGGCGACAACCUCGUCUCGAUUGGCCUGGUCGUUGGCUUGGACUACCCUAACCCCUGGAUGGCCCCGUACGGAGAAUUCCAGAAGAUGAAGCAACACCCCCUCUACAGGAAAUACCUCGAAGGCGGUAAAUGCAUCUCCUACGGUGCUCGCGCUCUCAACGAAGGCGGCUACCAAUCCAUCCCCAAGUGCGCGUUCCCCGGUGGUGCAUUGAUAGGCGAUACAGCCGGCUUCCUCAAUCUUCCGAAAAUCAAAGGCACCCACACUGCCAUGCGCUCAGGCAUGCUGGCCGCCGAAGCUGCGUUCCCUGCACUCGCCGAAACGAAAGAUAGCGAAGGCGCCGUUUUCUUGUACGACUACGAGGACAAACUCCGCAACAGCUCCAUCUGGAAGGAACUGAAGCAAGUCCGCAACAUGCGACCAUCCUUCCACACACCCUUAGGAAUCUACGGCGGUAUCGCAUACUCCGGCCUCGAAGCGUACGUCCUGCGUGGACAUGAACCCUGGACUUUCAAACACCACAAAGGCGAUCACGCUGCGACGAAGCUGGCGGACGACUGCAAGAAGAUCGAAUACCCCAAGCCGGAUGGAGAGGUGACGUUCGACAUCCUGACGAGCGUGAGUCGGACAGGGACGAACCACGAAGAAGAUCAGCCGGUUCACCUGCAGGUGGCGGAUUGGGACAAGCAUGCGGAGAUGGAGUAUCCGAAGUACAAGGGUAUUGAGAACCGCUUCUGUCCGGCGGGCGUGUAUGAGUAUGUCGAGGAUGAGAGCAAGGAGUUGGGGGUGAGGUUUCAGAUUAAUCAUCAGAACUGCAUUCACUGCAAGACGUGCGAUAUCAAGGUUCCGGACCAGGACAUCAACUGGCAGACGCCGCAGGGUGGUGAGGGGCCGAAGUACGUUCUGACUUGA